AUCUGGUAUUUUUAUUUGGACAACUCUGUCUAUGUCCUAGUUUAACAAAGCUUUGCAAAGCCCAUCUUGCAGCUACUGUAUACUUUCACAAUACACAGUUUCAAAGCAGCUUUACAGAACAUGUUUCUAUGAUUAAGAGUAAUCUGUUAUCAGAGGUGACUGUUUCAGAUCAAUGUCCAUAUGGCAGAAAUAUACUGUUAAAAUAAUACAAAUCAUGCAGUUAUCUAACAUCAUGUAUUCACUUAAAAGAAAAGUUAAACACAAGUAAAACUUAUAUGCCCAUUGUGUAUUGUUAAAACAGGUCUCAUAUUUUGAAAGGACACAUUAAUGUUUCUCCAGUUAUUAGGGGACAUCAGAGCAGGGCCAUGACUUUGAAAAUAUAUUAGAAUGCAUUUCCACUUCUAUCAUGAUUAUACCCUUUGUACCUUUUUAUACAUUGUUGUGAAUGUACAUCUAAAUUACUAAUUACAUACAAGAAACAAGUGGCUAUUUUUGGAGCAUCAUCAUGACUGUCACAAAUGUUUCGCUUUCGUUUUUUAAUUUUCGACUGCAGUACUGGGAAACUGCAAAAUGCGGGCAGAUGAUGUAAUACAGGUGUGUUUAUAAAAGAAUGCACGUGACCUGUCUGUAUUUAAGCUCCGCUAGUUCACUUCAAGAUGCAUUCAUAUGUUUUUUUUGGUGUGUGUGUAUGUGUGUGUUUUGAGGUUAUGAAGGUCUGAAAAUGGCUAUAAAGGAACAGACAGUAUUUGUGGUGUUUUCUUGGAUUGUCUGUACUACUGCUACUACUACUACUACUGGACGUGACAUCAUCUCAUCAAUAGAAAAAGUUGCACGGAUUUUUGAGGAGGAGCAAGAUCUUCUGGAAAGCUUUAGUCUCUACACUGAUGCUGAAGAAAAGAAUGUAGAGAGAAUGAAGAGUAUUCUUCUGGUUCUUCAACUACUCACAUUCUCUGACCCUGAGAACCCUGAGAAAACCAUGAGAGACCCUGCGGCAGCUUACAAACUUCUCAGAAGAGUGACAACCAAAAGAUCGAUUAUUGUUGAAUACAUUCAACUGCAUCUUUAUGAGAUGUAUGAGAAACUGCUGGCAUUUAAAGAGAUCCCACAGGAGGAUGUGGAUGGUGCAGCUUCAGAACUGAUCAGACUGCAAGAGUUCUACAAACUCUACCCACACAACAUCACAAAGGAAACAUCUCUAAAUGCAGAUGAAGCCUACCAUGUGGGGUUGGUCGCUUAUAAUGAGAAUAAAUUCCAGCAUGCCUUUCACUGGUUUUGGUACAGUCUGGACAAAUUAACAGAAUACUCAACCACAACUGAGAAAAAGUUGCUCCGUUACCUUAGUUCCUCAGCCUAUCGUUUUGGUAGCCUACCUGUGGCAAUCUACUUCGGCCAACGGCUUCUAAAUCUGGAUCCAACUAACGACGAAGUCAAAGUUGAGCUGAGCCUUUACAAACUCCUUCGCUUCCAGAGAACUUCAAAUCCUGACAUAUUCACGCUAAACACAAAAUCAAAUAACUCUUAUGAAGCACUGUGCAGAGGAGAAGUUGAUGAGAGGACCUCCAAGAGGCAGAGGGCGCUGUCCUGUAGGUACAGCACAGGUGGAGGAAACCCCAGACUGAUGUAUGCACCAGUGAAAGAGGAAGUGGAGUGGGACGAGCCUCGAAUCAUCAGAUAUCAUGACAUUAUAUCAGACAGAGAGAUAGAAUUCCUGAAGAACAUCUCUAUACCUCAACUUUCUAGGUCUAGGAUUAGACAUCUAGGAGUCUCAAACAUCCGUACUUCUCAAAGUGUUUUUCUGGAGGAAGACAACACUGUUCUUGCUCGUAUCAGUCAGAAUAUUGCAGACAUCACAGGACUCUCCAUGGAAUCCUCUGAAUAUCUACAUGUUCAGAACUAUGGGAUUGGUGGCAGAUUUGAUCCACAUUAUGAUGCAUGGGAUGUUGAAAAUGGAAGGAUUGCUACUUUCUUAAUUUAUAUGAGUGACGUGGAGAUAGGGGGCGCCACUGUGUUUCCUAAAGUUGGAGUUGCAUUGAAGCCAAAAAAGGGUUCAGCCGUGUUUUGGUACAACCUCCAAAAGAAUGGCAGAGUGCAUAAUGAUACACAGCAUGCUGGAUGCCCUGUGUUAGUGGGUAACAAAUGGGUGGCUAAUAAAUGGAUCCAUGAGUUUGGACAGGAGUUCAGGAGACCCUGUUCUUUGUCAGUCUGGGAGUGAAAGACAUUGUGACCAUGUAGAAAUCAUAUGAAUUUUAUCUGUACUAUAGAAGUAUUUGUACUCUAUCUGCUGUAUUUAUUAUGUAUCAUAAGUUUUUAUCAUGUAGAUCUGUAGCAUAAAUAUAUAUUGUAUUUACAUUUACUGUAAUAUACUUUAAUAACUGUAAUAUACAGUAAAAUAAAACAAGUUCAAUACAGUAAAAUUAAGUUUCAGCAAGAUAUCAAUGGAUAAUCACAUUACCUAAACUGGUCAAUCCUACAGCCAGCAAGUGUGUUAUUCCUGUAGAAGAGACACAAGUUAUCUGAAGUUGUAUUUAAAGCUUAAUUUUACAUGUUUCCUCUUCAGUCAGUGCUGGAAUUAUGAUUGACAUGUUUUACAAGUUUUGUGGUAUGUGUAGUUGUGAAUGUGUUGUACUGGUAGGCAGUAUGUAUAUGACGUCUGAAACUGGAUUAUCUACAGUACAACCUCACAUGCAGAGAACAAGACUGUCAAUGUACAUCAACUCUCACAGCAACACACAAUAUACUAAUGAUCAUAAUUUUACAAGAAUUUAAACAUUGUAACUAUUAUGAAUAAAUUAAUCCUGUUUAAGGA